CCUAAAGAAACCCAAAAACCCUUCAAAAAAGGUUUCUCCAGGGUUUUCAGGAGGCUGUCACCUUAACUCUCACAUUCAUUUCCACUAUUUGAUUUUCAAUUUCUUCACCAAAAGCCUUAAGAUCCAUCCCCAUCAGCCGAGGCCAUGUGGGCUCUUCGUCGAGCUUCUAAUCCUCUCAAGUUCCGUGGAUUGAGUGUUGGAACUUCUCGCGGUUGUUGUGCUAAAUCAGAAAUAGUAUCUAGUUAUGUAGAAGGCAAGGUUGUCACUGUCAAGUCUCCUCAACCUGUAUCUCAGAGUCCUAGAUUUCACCACAGCACAAAUGUUGGUUCAAAGUUCUAUUUGGAAAAGCGUGGUUUUGCUUCGCAAGCUGGUGCUGAAAACAGUGGAUCAGAUGAUGACUUGGAGGAUGGGUUCUCUGAACUUGAAACACCAGCUAAUGCCAAUGAAAGCACAGUCAAUGCAUUGGCUGGAAAUGAAGAUCAGCUAAUUUCUGAACCUGAGUUGUCUGAUGAUGAAAAUGAUGAUAUUGGAGAACCUUCUCAAAAUGCACUAGAACUGUCAGAUAAUGAAACAGACUCGAUGGUGAAAAGCUCACCGAGGAAAAGGGCUAGCACAGAACUAUUCAACGCCAUCGUCUCUGCUCCAGAUGUUUCUGUUCAAAGUGUUCUUGACAAGUGGGUGGCAGAAGGAAAGGAUUUGGACAGGUUAGAGAUAUCUAAUGCCAUGAUCAAUCUUCGCAAGCGUCGAAUGUUUGGGAGGGCUCUACAGCUCUCAGAGUGGUUCGAGGCAAAUAAGCCACAAGAAUUUGUUGAAAGAGAUUAUGCUUCACGCCUUGAUUUAAUUGCAAAGGUGCGUGGUCUCCAUAAGGCAGAGGUUUAUAUCGAUAAAAUCCCGAAAUCCUUUAAAGGGGAGGUGAUCUAUCGAACCUUGCUGGCUAACUGUGUUGUAGACCAUAAUGUGAAGAAAGCAGAGGAAGUAUUCAAUAAAAUGAGGGACCUGGAAUUCCCAAUCACCCCAUUUGCUUGCAACCAACUGCUGCUCCUCUACAAGAGGCUUGACAAGAAGAAAAUUGCUGAUGUGCUGUUAUUAAUGGAGAAAGAAAAUGUCAAGCCCUCUCUUUUUACUUACAAAAUCUUAAUAGACACCAAAGGUCAAUCCAAUGACAUGACGGGGAUGGAUCAAAUUGUAGAGACAAUGAAGGCUGAAGGCAUUGAACCUGAUAUCAGAACCCAAGCUAUCAUGGCCAGACACUAUGUAUCUGGUGGCCUCAAAGAAAAAGCUGAGGCUAUUUUGAAAGAGAUGGAAGGGGGUAAUUUAGAAGAGCAUCGAUGGGCUUGCCGAUUUAUGCUUCCUCUUUAUGGUGCGCUUGGGAAAGCUGAUGAAGUGAGUAGGGUAUGGAAGUUCUGUGAGAAAAGUCCCCGACUUGAUGAAUGCAUGGCUGCCAUUGAAGCCUGGGGACGGCUGAAGAAAAUUGAUGAAGCUGAGGCAGUUUUUGAGUUGAUGUCAAAAACAUGGAAGAAGCUUUCUUCAAGGCAUUAUUCUACACUUUUGAAGGUUUAUGCAAACCAUAAGAUGCUAUCCAAGGGUAAAGAUUUGAUCAAGCGAAUGGGUGAUAGUGGGUGUCUCAUCGGCCCUUUGACAUGGGAUGCACUUGUAAAGCUUUAUGUGGAAGCAGGCGAGGUGGAAAAGGCUGACUCUAUACUGAAUAAGGCUGUCCAACAGAAUAAGAUAAAACCAAUGUAUAGUUCUUUCUUAAUUAUCAUGGAGCGAUAUGCAACGAAGGGUGACAUACAUAAUGCAGAGAAAAUGUUUCACCGGAUGAGACAAGCUGGUUAUCAGGCUCGAAUUAGGCAGUUCCAGACUCUAAUUCAGGCAUAUAUAAUUGCCAAGGCGCCAUGUUAUGGCAUGAGGGAGAGGCUGAAGGCAGAUGGUAUAUUUCCCAACAAGAGUUUGGCUGCCCAACUUGCUCAGGUUGAUGCAUUUAGGAGGACAGCAGUUUCGGACUUGCUUGACUGAAUUAUUUGAUGGCCCCUUUGCAUGGAUUACUUUCUUGUCAACUCUUUUGUCUUCUGCUCAUAGUUGUCAGUUAUUAGCAGGUGAAACAUUUUUGAUUGUUCAUGCAGGCCUUUCUACUGCUAGUCCUGUCGUCCCAACAGUUGUUACUCAUGGGAGUGUUUAAUCUCAUGCCUGUCUUUAUGUUUCUUA